UCUCGCGGGAGUGAUGGACUCCACUUCCAGUCGGAGAGAAGUUCCGUUUGAUGGGCGUGGGUGCGGCUGAAUCGGGGCGCCGGCAGUUGGAGCCGGCGCUGAAGAGCGUGCCUAUAAGCCAGUAGUGUUGAGACGCUGAAAAACGGACAGCAGCAUCGCCCUAUCGCUUCCCGUGCCCCUUCCAAUCAGCGCAGGCACCGCCCCCUCAUGCCUGACGUAAGUAGGGUGGGUAGCAACAGUUGCCCCGGUGAAGGAAACGGAGGCGCCAUAGCCACGGUAGUCGUGGCGACCAAGCAACCCGGCAACGCGAGUCAACAACAACAACCGCCCCGGCCGACCCCCCCACCCCCCCUGCCCGGCUCCGGGACCCUGGCAAAUUCCACCCCCAAAAAAAAUCUUCUCCGAGGCCCCCCGGAAACCCCCUCGGCGGACAGAAGAGGGGGAAAGCUGAGGAAGCAAAAAAAAGCCUUAUUUAUUAUCAUUUUCCCCACUGUUGGCAUGGCAACACAGGCGUACGUUACUGAGCUUCAGGCGGCCCCGCAACCACCACAGCCUCAACAAGCCCCUCCACAGGCUCAGCCCCAGGCACCACCACCACCAGCGGCCCCUCAGCCACCACCACCACCACCACCACCACCACCACCACCGCCACCUGCCGCCGCCACUUCCCAGCCACAGUAUGUUAGUGAACUGCAGAGCCCACAGCCCCAACCUGCCAGCCAGAAACAGUAUGUGACUGAGAUCCCAGCCCCCUCAGCACAGUCACAGCCCAGUGGCCAGCCUGCCCCGACCCCGGCCCCCCAGCAGUUUAUCGUGGUGACGGUCUCGGAAGGGGCCAUGAGGGCCAGUGACACUGUCUCAGAAGCUAGCCCAGGCUCUACAGCCAGCCAAUCUGGAGUGCCAACACAGGUGGUCCAACAGGUCCAGGCCACACCGCAGCGGUUGCUGGUCCAAGCAAGUGUGCAGGCCAAGCCUGGUGCCGUGUCCCCUCUGCAGCUUACCAGCAUCCAAGUGCCCCAGCAGCGAUUGGUGGUGCAGAGCACAACCCAGGCCAGCAAAGGGGGGCCGGCUUCAUUAGCUGUUCAUAGUGUCCAACAGGUGCACUCUCCCCCAGAGCGUUCACCAGGACAGGGGAACAGCUCCACCAGCAAAGCUGGCUCCGUGCAGCAGCUCCAGGUGCACAGUGUCCAGGCCGUCCCUGUCUCACAAGAGAGAUCCGUCGUGCAGACCACUCCACAAACACCAAAAUCAGGCCCAGUGCAGCAGCUGACAGUACAAGGGUUGCAGCAGGUCCACGUCACUCAAGAGUGCUCAGGCAGUCAGUUUCCCGCUAGGAAGGGAGAGCAGCAGGAGCCAGCAGCAGAGCCGCCUGUGGUGCGGGCCGAGCGGGGCGAGCGGGCUGGAGAGGCGCCCCUGCUGUUAGAGUGCAGUAGCGAGACCCCGCAGUUAGGCAGCGGCAGCCCGGAGCCCCGGCUCUAUUACCUGCCCGCGGCGGCGGCAGCGGCAGCGGCGGCGGCGGCGGCGGUAGCAGCGGCCGAGCCCGGUUCUGAGCAGUGGGUGGAGCUGGUGCGCGUGCUCCCCCAGCAGCUGCUCCUGCCCCAGCAGAAAGUGGUGAUCGAGCCCCUACCGGGGCUCUCCUCCCGAGCCAGCCCCGACCAGAGAGUCAGGAUCCAGAGAGUCCCCCAGGUGCUAGUGUUCGGCACUGCAGCCACAGCGCUGAAAGUGCAACAGCUCCAGCAGGUGCCCGUGCAGCAUGUGUACCCCAGCCAGGUUCAGUAUGUGGAGGGCGGUGAUGCCAGCUACACAGCCAGCACCAUUCGCUCAGGUACCUACCCCUACACAGAGACACCACUAUACACCCAGAAUGCGGGCACCAGCUACUAUGAGUCCCAGGGCACAACCGCGCAGGUCAGCACACCUGCCACCUCACAAGCUGUGGCGAGUAGUGGCUCAGUGCCCAUGUAUGUGUCGGGUGGCCAGAUCGUCACCAACUCUAGUGGCGCAAGCAGCGGAGGGGGCGGCGGGGGCGGCGGGGGCGGCGCCGGCACCUACGUGAUCCAGGGCGGCUACAUGUUGGGCAGCUCCAGCCAGUCGUACUCUCAUACCACCCGUGCCUCACCAGCCACUGUCCAGUGGCUGCUGGAUAACUAUGAGACAGCUGAGGGUGUGAGCCUACCCCGAAGCACCCUCUAUUGCCACUACCUCCUGCACUGCCAGGAGCAAAAGUUAGAGCCCGUCAAUGCUGCCUCUUUUGGCAAACUCAUCCGCUCUGUUUUCAUGGGCCUCCGCACUCGCCGACUUGGCACCCGGGGGAACUCCAAAUACCAUUACUAUGGCCUGCGUAUCAAAGCCAACUCUCCACUGCUACGCCUGAUGGAGGACCAGCAGCACAUGGCCAUGCGGGGCCAGCCCUUCUCCCAGAAACAGAGGCUUAAACCAAUCCAGAAGAUGGAGGGCAUGACCAAUGGUGUGGCAGUAGGACAGCAGCAGGCAUCAGGCCUGUCCGACAUCAGUGCCCAAGUUCAGCAAUACCAGCAGUUCUUGGAUGCCUCAAGGAGCCUUCCGGAAUUCACUGAGCUUGACCUACAGGGCAAGGUGCUCCCUGAGGGGAUUGGACCUGAAGACAUCAAGGCCUUCCAGGUCCUGUACCGGGAGCAUUGUGAGGCCAUUGUGGACGUCAUGAUUAACCUGCAGUUUACACUAGUGGAGACCCUGUGGAAGACCUUCUGGAGGUAUAACCUCAAUCAGCCCAGUGAGACCACCCCCCUGACUGUCCACGAUGAAGCAGAGAAGCGGCUGCCCAAGAGCAGCCUGGUGCUCCUCUCUAAGUAUGAGCCUGUGCUCAAGUGGACCAAGGACUGUGACAACUUGCUGUACCAGGGCCUGGUGGAGAUCCUUAUCCCUGAUGUGCUGCGGCCCAUCCCCAGUGCCUUGACACAAGCAAUUCGGAAUUUUGCCAAGAGCCUAGAGAGCUGGCUCACCAAUGCCAUGAUGAACAUCCCUGAAGAGAUGGUUCGGGUGAAGGUGGCCGCAGCCAGUGCUUUUGCCCAAACACUUCGGCGCUACACCUCCCUCAAUCACUUGGCCCAGGCGGCCCGGGCUGUGCUUCAGAAUACGGCCCAAAUCAACCAGAUGCUCAGCGACCUCAACCGCGUUGACUUUGCCAAUGUGCAGGAGCAGGCCUCUUGGGUAUGCCGCUGUGAAGACCGUGUUGUGCAGCGGCUGGAGCAGGAUUUCAAGGUGACUCUUCAGCAGCAGAACUCGCUGGAGCAGUGGGCAGGCUGGCUGGAUGGCGUGGUGAGCCAGGUGCUCAAGCCCUACCAGGGCAGUGCCAGCUUCCCCAAGGCUGCCAAACUCUUCCUUCUCAAGUGGUCUUUCUACAGCUCCAUGGUCAUCCGAGACCUGACCCUGCGCAGUGCGGCCAGCUUUGGCUCAUUCCACUUGAUCCGCCUCUUGUAUGACGAGUACAUGUACUACCUGAUUGAGCACCGAGUGGCCCAGGCCAAGGGAGAGACACCCAUCGCUGUCAUGGGCGAGUUUGCCAACCUGGCCAGUUCCCUGAACCCCCUGGAUCCUGACAAAGAUGAGGAGGAAGAAGAGGAGGAAGAGAGUGAAGACGAACUGCCCCAAGAGAUCUCUCUCAACUCCAGUGAGUCGACUGCCCUCAGCUCAGAGCCCCUGGAGCCUCCAGCCAAGCUGGCAAGGACUGACGGACGGGGCAUCUUCGUGCAGGCCCUGCCCUCGAGCUAAAAGCCCUGGCUAUUUGCUGGGGCUUCCCAGGACUCUGGCCCUCAGAGGGCAGGGCAAGGGCUGUUUCAGGGGCCACCUACCCCAAACCCACCUUGUAGCUGUGGGAAUCCCAUGAGCCCGGGCUUCCAAAGGAGAAGCCUGGCCUCACCAGCCUUCUACCCUCCAUCCCUACUCUCCUUCCCUCAAGAGACACCAAAGUCCCAACCAGACUCCAGGCUUCCCUGUAGCUCAUGGGACUUGGCGUGUUUUUGCUCUGGCCCUCAUUGUGGGGCAGGAUGCACCCCUAGCUACUGAGUGGGGGGAGCAGGAGAGCUCCAAGCAGGGAAGGCAUUGGCCCUGCACCCCUUGCCCCUGCAAACCCACCCCUUCCUGUGGCCUUUGUUUGCCCCUGCGGGGUACGGGGGGUGGGUGGCAGCACAAUCCCAGGGCAAGAACCACUUGGCUGCACUGGAAGGAUUUGGGGGCAGAGCAGGGGAGCUGGCUCCUCAAUACUGCAAACACUGACACAAAAGACAAGACGUGCCUUAAGGAACAAACUGAGUGUCUUGGCUGGCAGCAGGCUCCCUGGGGCCAUAGGCAUGGCCUGGAGCAAGAGGGAGAGUGGACCAUCUUCUCUUCCCUGGGUACCUGCACAGGUCCAGAGCUGUGCCAAGCCUGGCCCAAGGGGCUGUCUGCCCUUGGCAGCUCCCUACAAUGGGCAUGGUGGCUCCCAGGUUUCUCUCGCCCUCUCCUACUCCCUGGAACUGAUUCCAAGCUCUGGCUUUGCACAGUGGCUUGCCCCCCACCCUCACCCCAGGCUGUCUGGGGCUUAGGGGAUGUUGAGCUGCCACCUCGGACACAGGUAGUAUGGGUAGGGGGAGGGGUCGCUGCUCUCUAUAAGAGCACUUGCUAAAGUGCAGAGGUCCCUGUCACCCCCCCAGAAUCCCCCCCUACCCCCCCAGUCCUCCUUGCUUCCCUUCUUGGUUUAAGUGCAAUUAAAGCAGUUCCGGGCACUGCUUUAGGUGAGGGCUUGUGGGUCAGGGCCCUGCCCAUCAAUCUCCUUCCCUGACCCCCCCCCCCCCAUUUGGCACCCUCUGCUGUGAGGGAGCAUUGCAGGCCUCCAUCAAGCCUUGGGAAAGGCCCUCUCCUUCACAGGCUGUACCUCCACCUCAGUACCCUUCCUCUGCCUCAUCCCACCUAGGCCUGGAGCUGUGACAGGACCCUCUCCCUCCCCAGGGGCAGGGGAGAGACAGUUGAUGCGGCGGAAUGAGCGGGAGAGGCUUCCUUGUUCCCUCCCAGCUUCCAAAGACCAGUGCUAGAUUGACACUGCCCCAAGAGCUGCCAGCCUACCCCAGCUCAGGGAGCUAAGGCCAAGGUGCCUCCUCCCAAGUGUGGCCAGCCUCCCCUGGAGCAGGUGGGCCAGCAGGGGCCUGGGUAGCCCUCACUCAUAAAGAUCACCCCCACCCCCCUUACCCCCUCAACAGCUGCCCUCUACGAUGCUGGUUUGUCAUGGAACCUUCUUAGCUAUUCUAGUUUUCCAGAGAUCUGUGCUUUUGUAAUGUAAUGAUCUAACCCUCUCUCUAAACCACAUAACUAUUGUGCGAUUUGUGAGCGAUACCCACUCCAGAGUUGGUAGCUGUUGGGGUUUUUCCAACCAUCAUGGCCUUAUUUGUUCCAAUUUUUUCAGUGUUUUCAACAUGUGAGAUAGAUGUUUAUGGCAAAACAAAAAACAAAAACAAAAAAAAACCUGACCUUAUUGUAUAAAAAAAAAAUCACUAUUUUGUGUGCUCCAAGUGCAGCAGCUGAGGGGACUGGCCCCCCACUCUGCUGGUGGCUGGUGCCACCCUGGGCCCGGGCAGCCAGGCCCUCUUCCCCGUGGUGGUGAAAGUGUCAAAGCGUGUGGUAGUCUAGAGAGCCCAAGCUGUUUUCUACCUUUUUGUAGUCUUUCUUAAAACACAAUAAAUUCUGCUGUGUUCUUUGGCUA